AUGACUAUUUUGAGAAGCCAGCCCCUCGAACGCUCGCUAAUUCAGAUGGUUGAAAACUCCGGAGCCACCGCGAUAACGUCACAACUUUACAGCCGGAGGCAUUUCCGCCGGGCCAACCAAACAGGUUACGCCUCAAGAGAACGAAAAAAAGAUAAAAAAAAAUAGUCGGCUUUCAGGACUAACCUUUCUUCCCAUCUUGAUUUAUUGGAUUAUCAAUGGGCAUAGUGUGUCGCGGGUUUUCGGGGUCCAGUUUAAUGAAAAAGACGGACUUCAGUUAUCUCGGAUUUCAGAGCUUCCUCUAGAUCGUGUUCAUCUUCCCAGGUUUGCUAUAUGUUUUCUAUUUUGUUUUCCUGGAGAUCGUAUCGAAAUUUUCCUGUCUCUUCAACUUUGCUUUUUUUUUUCAAAUGGAUCAAAAUUAAGUUCAUUUCUUUUCUCUCUCUGGCUGGUAUCUUUUUUUACUUCCGGUUCAAACUGUCGAAUGAGCGACUUUUAUAUAUUUUAAAUCAAAGGCGAUCCGGAGAUUUUCACAUUCGAGAGACUCUGAAAAGGUGAGAGAAACGAUAUGAACACUAGGUUUUACGGCUCUUUGACACCUGUUGGUUUUUAAGAGUUUGGCUUUCUUUCAUGUUUUUCCUCUACUUAUUUUCGCUUCCUGGAUCCUUGUGAAUUUAUGAGGUUCUCAUUCAUUUGAACGCUCGAGUUGCUUCUAAAAGCUGAGUUACUUCUUGGUUUUUCGUUUCCAUAGAUAAAAAUAAUUCUCAACUUUUCUUUGUUUUUUUGAAGUUUACCUGGAAAUUUUUUUCUUUUAGAGUAAGAUUAAGCCCAGAUACGAUAUAGAUAUAGCUAUUUUAAUUCAUUUACUAGGAAAUUUUUGAAAUAAAGAAAGAGGAGGAAAAAUCUCCUGGCAAGAGGAUUGAUGAGGGCGCCUCUUCAUCACUCACAAUUCGUUUUGAUUCACCUCAAUCUCUCUUUUCUAUCCGAAAAUUAGGAAACGAUUUGUCGCAGAGCUAUUGAUUGAGUUCAGUUGGAAAUUUUCUUUUCUCAAUUUUUGUCUCCCAUCAAUCGUUUCAACACUCCCACCCACUCACCAACUCUAUCCUCAGGUCGGUCGCUUCAAAAAAGUCGAAGUUCACAAUCGUCCUUAUUUGAAAGGGUGGAAAUAAAAUUGAGCAAAUUUUGAAGUUCCUGACUCUGAGAUAUUGAUUAAGUAAACUGAUAACCAAAAGUAAGUGGUUGAUCUUUUUCUGAGGACGACAGCCGUGCAGCACAAAGCAGAAGUUUCGUGUCAUGAUCUUCACAUGCUCCCAACGUUUUUUUGCUCGCGCGCUUUCCAAAGAAAAAUUCGUUAAUUUAACAUUCAAAAAGUUUUUUUCACGUCCGAAGUGUGAAAAGAAUAAUUUGAAGAAAAAUUAAAAUUAUUGAAAAAAACGUCGACUUUUUAAUUUUAUUUUUAUCCGUUUCAAUAAGUCUUCUGUGAGUAUAUCUGAAAAUUUGAACUCACAAGAAUUUUUUUCACCGUUUCGCUUCCUAAGAUCGUUUAUUUCGAUCGAGGCCCCAGGCACAAUUAACACGAUAUUUUACGCUGAAUCAUUUCCGAAAAAUACUGCUCCCCUUUCUUAUUUCUUUCAUAGUCUAUCCACAAAGUCUUGUUGUGGUGGCUAAAGACGAGUAUAAGAGCCAGAGACAUAAUUGUUACGAGACCAGAAAAACCAACUUCGAAAAAUUGGCUCUCACAAAGUUUUCUUUUGUGUCCUACUCGUGUCUUCCGAUGCCUCUUAGUCGUUUUUAAUUAAAUAUUAUACCGUUUUUUUGAAGUUGACGUGUGUAUAUAUUUAGCAUAAUUUUCUUUUGUGAAAAACUGAAAAAAAUUAUAAACUUUUUUCCAGGUUUUCUCUGGGAUACGUGGCGAUGUUACUUACUUACUUACUUAGAUACUUAGAUGAUCCAUCUUCGCUUUCGACCUUUUAUUGCCUUUUAGUGCCUUUUAUUGAUCGAAGCGUGGACCACACGUUUUCCAGGAGAUCUUAUGCAAUCGGUCAUCCAGUGUUGUCGUCCUGGUUGACUGGUAUUCUUGCGAAAAAGUUCCAUCCGUGGUGUUGA